AUGCAACUAAAAUAUUUUAUAAUCGUAGAAGUGAUCUUUUGGCACAGUGUAUGUGGGUCGGUCAUAACAGUCGGUCAUAACAGUUCCGACAUAACAGUCGCUGUCAAAGCCAUCAAGAAGCGACGGUAUUUUGUAAAUCAGGAAUUCAAUAUUCUCAAAGAAGGAACUGCUUGGCGCAGAGUGUCUAGUCAUCCUCACAUUGUCAGUUUUAUUGAUCUCUUCGAAACUGAUAUUUGUCACUGUUUCGUCUGUGAUUAUGUGAAUGGAGAGAAUUUGGCCGACUUCUUGGAAGUAAAUGGAGUAUUAUCGGAAACCCAAGCUAAGACGAUCGGUGCACAAGAUGCUUCGGCCAUUAUUUAUAUUCACGAUAAAGGAAUUAUUCACAGAGAUAUAAGCUCAAACAACAUCUUAAUAGAUAAGAAGAAUGGAGCACAUUUGAUUGACUUUGGCCUGUGCACAUUCGAACGCCAUCCAACAGACUUCUGCGGCACUCUGUUCUAUUUAUGCCCAGAAAUUGUUCAACGGAAGGAAUACGACACUUACUGCGAUUGGUGGGCGUUUGGAGUUGUAUUAUACCAGAUUUUGGUUGGAAAAACUCCAAUGGACGUUUAUCUGGAAGAAAUUAUGACCAUUGAAGAUUUCCAGUCAUUGCCGAUUACCGAAAAACUCCAAAUUGUUGAAGAAGUGGAGUUGACAUAUCCUUUUGAACUAUCCGAGGAUGCGAAACAAAUAGUCCAGGAUUUGUUACAGAAAGUAAGUUUAUGA